AUGGAAGACCAUCGUCGACAUAGACAAGUUCUGCUUCAAGGAAGAGACAUAGAAGAAGGCUCGACAAGAGGAAGGAAGCAGGUGUGGUUUAGCAACGUACCUCAUACAUGGUUGGUUGCUGACAAAGGAGGGCAGAAUUGGAUUACAAAGGCUAAAGAAACAGUAAAGAUGGUACCAUCUGGCUCUCGCACUAGAGUUUUUCUGGAUGUUGGCUUUGGAGUAACAAGUUUUGGGCCAUACUUAAUUUCACGUGAAUUUGAGCAUGGUGUUCCUGCAAUGGUGGCAACUAAUUUAACACCGGCUAUUAUCCAAUGUUCCCGCUGUAGAAUAAAUUCGACAUGUGAUGGUGAGCUGAGGUAUAGUCAUGCUUCGUCUAAUACACCUGAAUCCUUUUCUUGA